AUGGCUGACAUUGCCGAACAAUUAAUCGAAAAGCUCCAGACGUUGGAGACGAGCAUCUUUGAGGGCCAGGAUGCCACGCGACAGAAGCUGGCUCUGGCGGCCCGCAAACUCUUCCACACGCUGGAAACGAAAGAAGAAAAGACCAUGCGGCUCGCUAUCGAGGAACCAGUCAUGUUCUCCGUGCUCCAAGCUCUCAUCGACACCGGUCUGUUCGAAGGCUGGGCUGCGGCCGGGGGCGGCGAGAGAGAUGUGACCGAGUUGGCCAAGCUCAGCAAGAGAGACGUGGAACCCGAGCUAUUACGUCAUCAACUGCGACUGAUGGCUGCCAACCACAUUAUCCUGGAAACGGCCAACGACCGCUAUGCACCUACGCCGUAUGCCCUCGCUAUCGGCGACAAGAGCACAAAGGUUGCCCCAGCGCUUCGCAUUCGGUGA